CCACUGCGGAGUCUUCACCAUCGUCGCCGAGCUUGAGAGGCUCACUUUGGAAACUUCAUACUCUCGGCAACCUUCGGUCUCCGAUUCAUCACCCAGUUUCUUUCGAGCCCAUCAAUGGUGAAGGCUCUGUAUUUCAACAAUUGAAGUUAAGAUCGUGAUUGGUUUUGAUUUUGUAAUGGGGACGAGCUGUUUUAGAUCUGGGUGUCGACCUCUGAUCGUUGUAUUGUUGUUGGCAAUCUAUGGAGGUAAUGGAAUUUUUGCUGAGAUUCGAAAACCCAAGAACGUGCAGGUAGCGGUUCAAGCCAAGUGGUCCGGCACUUCAGUUCUCCUAGAAGCUGGCGAAUUACUUGCUAAAGAACAAAAAGACCUUUACUGGGAGUUCAUUGAGGUCUGGCUUCGUGAGGAAGGAAACGAUGCUGAUGCUGAUGCUGAUGCUCCUACGGCUAAAGCUUGUUUGAAGAAAAUUUUAAAGCAUGGACGUUCUCUUCUAAAUGAACCUCUGGCCUCAUUAUAUGAGUUUUCUCUUGUUCUAAGAUCAGCAUCACCUAGAUUGGUUCUUUACCAACAGUUAGCCGAUGAAUCACUUUCCUCCUUUCCUCUGCCUGAAGAAAAUAAUUCCAACAUUGUUGGUGAAGGAAAUGAAAGCAUUGAAAGAAGAAUUUCAGAUACUUCAGUUGUUGGACUCAAGCCAAAAACUCCCGACGGAAAAUGUUGUUGGGUGGAUACUGGUGGUUCUCUGUUUUUUGAUGUUCCAGAAUUGCUAACUUGGCUUCAGAAUCCUGCUGAAAGUGUUGGAGAUUCAAUACAGCCACCUGAUUUGUAUGACUUUGACCACGUUCACUUUGGUUCAUCUUCUGGAAGUAGAUUAGCCAUCCUUUAUGGAGCCCUUGGAACUUAUUGCUUUAAGCAAUUUCAUGACACCCUUGUCAAUGCCGCCAAAGAGGGAAAAGUUAAGUAUGUUGUUCGACCUGUAAUUCCUUCCGGCUGUGAAUUAAAAAUAAAUUCCUGUGGAGCUGUUGGUGCAAGAGGUUCCUUGAAUUUGGGUGGUUAUGGGGUAGAAUUGGCUCUCAAGAACAUGGAAUAUAAGGCUAUGGAUGAUAGUGCCAUAAAGAAAGGUGUCACUUUGGAAGAUCCUCGGACUGAAGAUCUCAGCCAAGAAGUUAGAGGCUUCAUAUUUUCCAAGAUUUUGGAACGGAAACCAGAGCUAACAUCUGAGGUCAUGGCUUUUAGAGAUUAUCUAUUGUCAUCAACUGUUUCAGACACGCUUAAUGUGUGGGAACUAAAGGAUUUGGGACAUCAAACUGCACAGAGAAUAGUACAGGCCUCUGAUCCUCUGCAGUCAAUGCAGGAAAUAAGCCAAAAUUUUCCUAGUAUUGUUUCUUCAUUAUCCCGGAUGAAGCUCAACGAUUCAGUUAAAGAUGAAAUCACUGCUAAUCAACGCAUGAUUCCUCCUGGCAAGUCCUUAAUGGCUCUGAAUGGUGCUUUAAUCAAUAUUGAAGAUGUUGACCUCUAUCUGUUGAUUGACAUGAUCCAUCAGGACCUGUUGUUGGCAGAUCAAUUUACAAAAUUGAAGAUUCCUCAUCAUACUAUUCGGAAGCUUCUGUCAAGUCUACCUCCAGCUGAUUCCGACUUGCUCCGUGUGGACUUUCGUUCUUCUCAUGUGCAUUUCCUCAACAACUUGGAAGAAGAUGCUAUGUAUAAGCGAUGGAGGAGCAACAUCAACGAGAUUUUGAUGCCAGUCUUCCCUGGACAACUUCGUUACAUUCGCAAAAACCUGUUUCAUGCUGUUUAUGUUCUCGAUCCCGCAACAGUUUGCGGUCUACAGACGAUUGACACGAUCCUGUCAUUUUACGAGAACAAUUUUCCUAUUAGAUUUGGGGUAUUACUGUUCUCUUCCAAAUUUAUCAAGCAAACUGAAAGCAAGGAUGGUGAAUUAAAUAAAUCCGAGGCAGAUACAUCCAGUUUGAUGAUACAGCUGUUCAUUUAUUUAAAGGAGAACCAAGGAAUUCAGACAGCCUUUCAGUUUUUGAGCAAUGUAAACAAAUUACGGCUUGAAGCAGAUGGUUUAUCUGAUGAUGCUCCUGAAAUGCAUCAUGUUGAAGGAGCUUUUGUGGAAACACUUCUACCUAAGUCAAAAUCUCCUCCUCAAGAUGUGCUACUAAAGCUGGAGAAGGAGCAAACCUUUAAAGAUCUGGCUGAGGAAAGCUCCAUGUUUACGUUUUCUCUUGGUUUAUCUAAAUCAGAGUGUUCCCUUUUGAUGAAUGGACUUGUAUUUGAUUCUAGUGAGGAGUCUCUGAUAAAUGCCAUGAACGAAGAGCUUCCUCGAAUACAGGAACAAGUUUACUAUGGGCAUAUAUCUUCUCGCACUAACGUGCUUGAAAAAUUAUUAUCCGACAGUGGCCUUAGUCGCUAUAAUCCACAGAUCAUUGCUGAGGGAAAACCACGUAUUGUUUCUUUGUUUCCAUCCACUCAUGGAGCGGAGUCUUUAUUGAAUGACUUAAACUAUUUGCAUUCUCCUGGAACUAUGGAUGACUUGAAGCCCGUGACCCAUCUCUUGAUCAUUGACGCUGCUUCAAAGAAAGGAAUAAAGUUGCUGAAAGAAGGCCUACUCUAUCUGAUGAGAGGAUCUAAAAAUGCUCGUGUUGGGUUGCUUUUUACUACUAGCAACCAUACCAGUGAAUCCAGCUUACUUUUAGCCAAGGUGUUUCAGAUUAGCGCAUCAUUGCAUAGCCACAAAAUGAAAGUGUUAAAUUUUCUAGAUCAGUUGUGCUCAGUAUAUAGUCAAAAGUUCAUCCAUGAAUCUUCAGUAGCAGUUGAUAGCCCUCAAGAAUUUAUUGAGAAAGCCUGCGAGCUUGCUGAAGCUAAUGAGUUACCACCUAAAGCAUACAGAAUAGCUCUCUCCGAUUCCUUUUUUGAUGAAUUGAAAAAGCAUUUCAGCCAGGUGGAACAUCUUUUGUCGGGGCAGCUUGGCCUUGAAUCUAUUUUUAAUGCUGUUAUCACCAAUGGAAGAGUUACACUUGUUACUGAUGCGAUCUCAUUUUUGAGUCACGAUUUACAUCUACUAGAAGCAAUAGAGUUUAAGCGGAGAAUAAAACACAUUGUGGAAAUUGUUGAAGAAGUGAAAUGGGAUGACUUCGAUCCAGACAGAUUAACAAGCAACUUCCUCAGUGAUGUUAUUAUGUUUGUUUCAUCCUCAAUGGCUCAGCGGGAGCGAAGUUCUGAAAGUGCACGCUUUGAGGUUUUGAAUGCAGAAUAUAGUGCCAUUGUAGUAGAUAAUGAAAAUGCUAGCAUCCAUAUUGAUGCUGUUAUUGAUCCACUAAGUCCAUCUGGCCAGAAGCUAUCAUCAAUUCUUCGUGUUUUGUCAAAAUACAUACAGCCUAACAUGAGGAUCAUAUUAAAUCCGCUGAGUUCACUUGUUGAUUUGCCUUUGAAGAAUUACUACCGCUAUGUUCUGCCUUCAGUGGAUGAUUUCAGCAGUACAGAUGCAACCAUAAAUGGCCCUAAAGCAUUCUUUGCAAAUAUGCCUUUGUCCAAGACAUUAACGAUGAAUCUUGAUGUUCCAGAGCCAUGGCUUGUUGAGCCUGUUAUUGCUGUUCAUGACUUGGAUAAUAUUUUACUUGAGAAUAUUGGGGACACAAGGACGUUACAAGCGGUGUUUGAACUUGAAGCUCUUGUUCUUACUGGCCAUUGUUCAGAGAAAAAUCAAGAACCUCCCCGCGGACUCCAGUUAAUUCUUGGUACAAAGAGCACACCACAUUUGGUUGAUACUCUUGUAAUGGCAAAUUUGGGUUAUUGGCAAAUGAAAGUUUCUCCUGGAGUCUGGUACCUGCAACUUGCUCCUGGUAGAAGUUCUGAACUUUAUCUUCUGAAGCAAGGUGGGGGUAAAAGUCAAGAUACAUUGUCAAAACGUAUCAUUAUUGAUGAUUUGCGGGGUAAAGUUGUUCACAUGGAGGUGGAGAAGAAAAAAGGAAAAGAGAACGAAAAGUUGUUGGUUCCUGAUGGUGGUGACGACUUGCUGGAGAAUAAGAAAGAAAGCCACAACAGUUGGAACUCUAAUUUUUUGAAAUGGGCCACUGGUUUCAUUGGAAGCAAUGAUAAAUCAAAAAAUACUAAAAGCACGUCUGUGGAUCAAGGAAAAGGAGGACGCUAUGGAAAGGCGAUAAACAUUUUCUCCAUUGCUUCCGGACACCUAUAUGAACGUUUUCUCAAAAUCAUGAUCUUGAGUGUUCUAAAGAAUACACACCGGCCUGUGAAAUUCUGGUUUAUAAAGAAUUAUCUAUCCCCUCAGUUUAAGGAUGUAAUUCCACUCAUGGCUGAAGAAUAUGGUUUUGAUUUUGAACUUAUUACUUACAAAUGGCCGACUUGGUUGCAUAAGCAGAAAGAAAAGCAGAGGAUUAUUUGGGCAUAUAAGAUUCUAUUUCUUGAUGUUAUCUUCCCUCUUUCCUUGGAGAAGGUCAUUUUUGUUGAUGCUGAUCAGAUUGUCCGGACAGACAUGGGGGAACUCUAUGACAUGGAUAUCAAGGGAAAACCACUAGCAUAUACGCCCUUUUGUGACAAUAAUAAGGAUAUGGAUGGAUAUAGGUUUUGGAGACAAGGCUUCUGGAAAGAACAUCUACGUGGAAAACCAUACCAUAUAAGUGCAUUAUAUGUCGUUGAUUUAAAGAAAUUCCGAGAAACAGCAGCUGGAGAUAAUCUAAGAGUUUUCUAUGAAUCUCUAAGCAAGGAUCCAAAUAGUUUAUCCAAUUUGGAUCAGGAUCUUCCUAACUACGCGCAGCACACUGUGCCCAUUUUCUCUCUACCACAAGAAUGGCUCUGGUGUGAGUCAUGGUGUGGCAACGUCACAAAAUCCAAGGCAAAAACCAUUGAUCUCUGUAACAAUCCCAUGACCAAAGAACCGAAGCUUCAGGGUGCUAGAAGAAUUGUUCCCGAAUGGCCAGAUCUUGAUUUGGAGGCCAGAACAUUCACAGCUAAAAUAUUAGGUGAUAUAAACCCUCAAACACCUGCCUUAUCAACAGAUCAAGAUGACGGUUCUGCAAAUAAGAAGCCUAUCGAUGAAGAUGUAGAAUCAAAGGCAGAGUUAUAAUGACAUUGUCUAAGUUCUACUAAAUUAGACUGAUGGGAGGAUUCUGCUUUUUUCAAUUCAAUAUCUCCUACUACUCCCAUAAGUUAGCCCUCUUAGAAUUUAACUCGGAAGCCAGAUGGACCCAAGCCUCUGUAGGCUGAUACUAUGCAGUGAAGACAUACCUCUCCCACCAAUUUUUAUGGAAGAGUUAUUUAAUCCAUUUCCCCCCUCUUUAGUAUUGUUAAUCUUAACUUACUGAAAAAAGUUGCCAAUUUUGAUAAAGACAUGUACAGUAACAGUUGGUUUUGUAAUUUUAGUAAUGAAGUUUGCAAAAAUUUCUUUCCAUUGUUCCCAUUUGCAUAUUGCCUCCAUAUUUCAUAUUACCAAAUGUAAUAGAAAUUAUGGAAAUUUUCUGUUU